AGACUCGACCGCGCAUGCGCAAUGACAGGCUCUCGCGCGCCAAGGUGGCCUACUGUAAUUGACUGCUCUUCAGAAGGAAGGACAUGGCUUCCAUGAAGGUGUCAGGGAGCAUCCCGUUCUUGGACGACCUGAAAAAACCCAAGAAGAAAAAAUCUAAAAAGGCCAAAAAGGAAAAGUUGGAUAAACACAAAUCGAAAAAUCGGAGUUUGAAGGAUCACGCUGACAUUUGCGACCCGAACCUGUUUGCACAGUGUCCAGAGAUCAAGCGGAAAAAGAAGCCCGAUGUCGAGUUUUUCCUGACACAGAGUAAAAACCUCAAACCGUCAAAGCGACGCAAAAACUCGAGUAAACGUGCCGCGGACGUGCGCGUGGUCCAUCACGGUGUUGGAUCGGAUCCCGGGAAAACAAAGCAGUCGAUUUUAAACUCGACUCAAAAAGAGAAGAAACGUAAAAAGAGAGUGGUCUUUAACCUGCCGCCGGAGUUGCUGGAACCGCAGCCUGAAGCUUUUUCGGUGAGAGACGUCCUUCAAACCCAGUGCUCCGGUUCCGACAAAAAGCCGUCGUUUAACACCGUAUCUCCUGCAGAUGGACCUCAGAGCAGGCGAGUGACGGAAGAAAAUGGCACGGGGUCUCAAAGUACGUCUGAAGACAUAAACAGCCAGGAUCUGUUCAUUACUCAGAAAUCUUUUUCCGAUACCUACAUAGACCUCUGUAGCAGCACGAGUGCCGAGGAAGCACUAGAACCUCAGGAUUAUGCAGAGACAUUUCCAGAACCUCCUCCUUAUACAGCAUCAUCAGCAAGGAAACGCUCACAUCCAGAACAUCACUCAUUACCAAAGAAACCAGCAUGUCCAGGGUAUCACCCAUCACCUCCUCACAAACUCGACGCUUCUACUCAGACGGAGAACUUCUUCACCUCUUCUCUUCUAGCGACAUCUCUCAGGUUCCAUCACAGGACCACGUGCGCCGAAGAUCCGGUAGACCUGAGCCUUCCGGGAAGAUCCAGGCUUCAUCACUGGGAAUUGAUCACCAAAUCAUCCGAAGAUCAGAACGUAACAAGCCUGACGCAGAGCGACGACAGCGACCAGCAUUCGAAGAGCAAAGCCGACCUUUCGCAGCUGAAAGUGGUCCAGACGCGCCUCAACGAGUCCUUUUCUUCAGGGUGAAGGGAGAGGAGGGUUCACCGAAACCUACUUCGCCGCUCAUGAAGUUUUCAGGAGGCGUCGAGAAGAAGAAGCCGGUAUCAAGAUGAAACGUUAAAACAGGCCGUGGAUUUGUUACUGAGCUCCACUGUUCGUGUACGUAUUUCAUCCCAGGUUCAGAUUGUUCGGUUUUCUGUUUAUUAAAAUUCCAGAUUGUAUUAUGUUAAAUUUAUAUACUGCAAAACUGUUUCUAGUUUAAUAAUCUUUAAAAAGAAUGUUCAUUGAGUGAAGAAUUUUAUAUUAUAUUCUGUUUUAUUAAAAAUAGGAAUCCAGAUCGUAACAUGAUGCGAAGUUUUAGGACCGGCGGUGUACACGAUAUGACCAAAAGUAUUGGGACACCUGACUUUUCCAGCCAUAAGUGGUUCUUCCUCAAAUCUGUUACCACAAACCUGAAGGCACACGAUUGUAUCGAACGUCUUUGGAUCCUACGUUAGCAUAAUAAUUUAUCUUCGCUUCAACUAGGUGACACAAACCUGCUCCACCAUGAUGAUGCUCCUGUGCACAAAUCCAGCUCCAUGAAGAUCUGCUUUAUAUGUAACUAUUUUGGAAUGAAUGCGAAUCAACAAAAAAUCUAUUUCCCAGGAAAAUUUGAGGUUUUUAUAUAAACGCAAACGAUGAAUACAAUGUGGUGAGGUGUCCACAAACUUUUGGCCAUCUAGUGUAUAUCAUUAUUAAUAUCAAUGAACAUUAUAUAUUAGGAUCACAGAGGGUUUUAUCCUCAAGAAGACGAGAAGGAUGUAUAUUUACGCACUGAGAAACGAAAAGAAAGAAGUCCGCUUUGUAAAUAUUGAUUUAUUUUAUUCAGAUUUUCAGCAAGUUUUCAGGUGAAAUCCUAUAAAUCACAACCACAGCGUUUUUGUUCAUUUGAUAUUUUUUUUUUAAGAAUAAUUUCUUGGGGUUUGAGUCUGAUGGAUGAACCUCUAUACAAAUUGCUCCACUGUGAGAAGAAAAAGGGGGAUAAAAUCGUAUAAAACCCACCUUUAAGAACUCAAAUUCUUCCUGUCUUGACUGCUGUAGAUGUUUAUUGCUGGACCUGUGUUUUAUUCUGUUCUUCUCAGUACAGGGUUUUAAACACAUCAGGAUGUUAGUAAGAAGACACGUUUAAACAACUUCCCUGUUUGUCUGAAUAAAUCUUUAUUUAUGUCUCA